AUGGACAGGAUCGAGCAAUUGAAUCUGAAUAUCCAGAAUAUCUUAGAUGAUGUCGACAUUGAUCCUGCUGAGACAGAGAGUUCAUCAGAGGACGAAAAGGAAGUUGUGAUAGAAGAUAAAAAGAUCGCCGAGAAAAUUCCAGAAGUGUCAGAAGAGCCCGAAUACAGCGAAUCAGAUUACGAAGACGACAAUGACAUUGUCGAUUUUGCAGAAGCUACGGGAGAUUUCACAAAGAAACUCAACGCGGCUCGCACACAUGCUAUUGGUCCGAAUGCUGCUCGUAAUCGACUGACUGUUGACGUCGAGCGACAUGCAGACACCAACGAGGAUCGAAAACGGAAACGUGUGAAAGAUCGAGCCGACCGAGCAACUGUUGAACAGGUAUUGGAUCCCCGAACUCGUUUGGUUCUUUUCCGAUUGUUGCAACGUGGAACACUUCUGAAUAUUGAUGGAUGUAUUUCGACUGGAAAAGAAGCCAAUGUUUAUCAUGCGACUGGAACAGAGAAUGAUUUGGCUGUAAAGAUUUAUAAGACGAGUAUUUUAACGUUCAAGGAUCGUGAGAGAUAUGUUACUGGAGAAUUCAGAUAUCGUCAUGGUUACUGUAAAUCAAAUCCCCGAAAAAUGGUUGCUGUAUGGGCAGAAAAAGAAAUGAGAAAUCUAGCAAGAAUGCACGAAGUUGGACUUCCAGUUCCCAAGCCACAUAUGCUAAAAGGCCACGUUCUCGUUAUGGAUUUCCUUGGAAAAGACGGUUGGCCAGCUCCUCUUCUCAAAAAUGCAAAUUUGAGUACUGAGGAUGCCGAACCAAUGUAUGUCGGAUUGGUUCGUGAUAUGCGUCGAUUGUACCGAGAAUGCAAGUUGGUUCAUGCUGAUUUGAGUGAAUUCAAUAUGUUGGUUCAUGAUGGAAAACUAUGGAUUAUUGAUGUAUCACAAUCUGUUGAACAGGAUCAUCCACAUGCUUUGGAGUUUUUGAGAAUGGAUUGUAAUAAUGUGAACAAAUUCUUUAGAGAACUUGGUGUCAAAGUGCUAUCAGUCCGCCGUCUUUUCGAAGUAAUUGUGGAUCCAUUGAUGAAUUCAAAAGAGAUGGAAACAAUUAUUGAAGAAGAACGAGUUCUUGUGAAUUCAGAGGACGAUACUCUCUUCAUGAACGCAUUUAUUCCACAUAAACUGGAGCAUGUACUGCAUUUCGAACGAGAUGGAAAACUUGCGAAAGACGGAAUCGAGGCGAACAAUCCAUUCCAAAAUAUUGUUUCGAAAAUUGAUCUGAAAGGAAACGGAUUCGGGGAAGAGGGAAGCUGCAGUGACGAUGACGACGGGGAGAACGAGAAGAAAUCUCGCAAAAAACGAGCCGAACCAACAGAAGAGGAGAUUGAAGAGAAGGAACGGAAGAUUGCCAUGCACACACGGAAUCGGGAUGAAACGGCUGAAGAGAGGAAAUUAAGAAAAGCUGCGGUGAAGGAGGAGAAGCGAGAUCAGCGUAAAGAGAAAACUCCGAAACAUGUGAAGAAGCGAGCGCAUCGACAGCAUAUGAAGUAA